CAUUCUCUACUUCCUGUCUCUUUUAUUUUUCUGCUUUCACAGCCUUAAGCCGCUUGAUAUCCGUUGCUUUCAAUGCGUUUUUAUGCCUUCCCCCCCCCCCCCCCCCCCCCCCGGUGAUGCACAUACAUUCAUACAAAUUUCGAUCUGGAUUUACCAAAGAUUGGGUUCGGCAUCUUGGAUCUGGCGGAGCGUCAAGGCGUCUUGGGAGUCUUUAAGGAUUGCCGCUAUGGCGCGCGACCCUGUCAUUUCUGCAUUCGGCAUGGAGUUCAAAGAUGCUUCUGUUUUGUUUUUUGUCUAUACUGAACCCUGUUUCCCUGUUUCUUUAUUAUAUUGCUUCUUUCUUGCUUUCUUGCCUGCGAUCACUAUUCGGGCAGUCAGUCUUGUUCAAUGUGACAAAUCAUCUUGUUUUGGCUGAGAAGCCAAUGCAGUCAACUCGAAUCCCCUACUGUGCCAAUUUACAACAGAGUCUCGCGAGGGGAGCAUCAAACGUCCCAACCGAUU